AUGGCGCUUCGAAAGGGGAAAAUUCAAGAAGAGGACGCUUCGCAAUUGAAAUUAGGACCAGAGUUCGAAUCGGCUGGUUGCCUGUCGAUAUCCGAAGUCAGGCUGCUACUAGAACAGAGAGAUAAACCGGCGGAUACCGCCGUGUACAAAAAGGCGCAUGAAUAUGUGAAUCAGUUUGCGAAGUUUAAUUCCACCGAUUCAGCACAGGCGGCUCGACAAAUUUUGAGUAAAGACACCAGCCUCAAGCAGUUCCAACUAGCACAACUGGCCUCGCUUUGUCCCGAAGAAGCCGAAGAAGCAAAGAGUAUCAUACCGAGUAUUGCGGGAAAAGAUGAUGAUGCUCUUCAAGCACUCCUCAACGAGAUCUCUGGCCUCAAGCGAUAUCAAGGAUAG